UUUAGUGAUAAUGUGAUGUGGGUUUGGUUGUACCCUCAGGAAAACUUUCUCUCCAGUUUUUUUUUUGGCAGUGUGAGGUUGGUGGAUGGUGGCAGUCGCUGUGCUGGGAGAGUGGAGGUUCUUCAUAGAGGGCAGUGGGGAACAGUGUGUGGUGAUGACUGGGAUAUGAGUGAUGCUGCAGUGGUGUGUAGAGAGCUGGGCUGUGGAGAAGCUGUAGAUGCACUGGGCAAAUCUCAUUUUGGAUCAGGAUCAGGACCAAUCUGGAUGGAUGAUGUGGACUGUAGUGGAUCAGAGUCUAGACUGAAGAACUGUAGAUCACCAGUAUGGGGUAAACAUGACUGCAAUGAAACCCACAAUUCUGGAGUCAUCUGUUCAGGAGCCAGGCUGGUUUUAGGUUCUCGCUGCUCUGGGAGAGUGGAGGUUCUUCAUGGAGAGAGCUGGGCCACAGUGUGUGAUGCUGACUUUAACCAGCAGGAUGCAGAGGUUGUGUGUCGAGAGCUGGGCUGUGGUUCUCCUGUGAAGGUUCUGGGAGCAGCUGCGUUUGGUAGAGGGGAGGGUCAGGUGUGGUCAGAGGUGCUUCAGUGUAGAGGAAACAAAUCUCAGACUCACUUCUGUCCAAAAUCAUCUUCACUCAAACACAACUGCUCCCAUGAUAAUGAUGUGGGACUGGUGUGUGCAGGAGUCCUGCUGGUUAAUGGCUCUCGCUACUCUGGAAGAGUGGAGGUUCUUCAUGGUGAGAGCUGGUUCACAGUGUGUGAUGCUGACUUUAACCAGCAGGAUGCAGAGGUUGUGUGUCGGGAGCUGGGCUGUGGUUCUCCUGUGGAGAUUCUGGGAGCAGCUGCUUUUGGUAGAGGGGAGGGUCCGGUGUGGUCAGAGGAGCUUCAGUGUAGAGGAAAUGAAUCACAGAUUCACUUCUGUCCAAAAUCAUCUUCACUCAAACACAACUGCUCCCAUGAUAAUGAUGUGGGACUGGUGUGUUCUGACAGUGUGAGGUUGGUGGAUGGUGGGAGCCGCUGUGCUGGGAGAGUGGAAGUUCUUCAUAGAGGACAUUGGGGAACAGUGUGUGAUGAUUACUGGGAUAUGAGAGAUGCUGCAGUGGUGUGUAGAGAGCUGGGCUGUGGGGAAGCCAUAGAUGCACCACGGAGAGCUCGCUUUGGAUCAGGAUCAGGACCGAUCUGGGUGGAAUAUGCUAACUGUGCUGGAUCAGAGUCUUCACUGAAGAACUGUAGGUCGUAUGAUUGGGGUAGACAGAGAUGUAAUCAUGAUGAAGACGCUGGUGCUGUUUGUGCAGGUUCUUCUCUGGCGUCUCAUGAGGGAGGAGUGCGGUUGUCUGGAGGGAUGGAGUGUGAGGGGGAGGUGGAGGUGUUCUUCAGGCAGGACUGGAGGAGAGUUCUGCUGGACUCCUGGAGUGAGUCUGAGGCCUCUGUGGUCUGCAGACAGCUGGGCUGUGGUUCUGUACUCAACAUCUCCAGCUCCUCUUCAUCCAGUCCUGAACACAGCUACAUGUGUGUGACGGGUUUCAACUGCUCUGGGAGUGAAGCUCAUCUGAGGAACUGCAGCAGCUCACAAGCAGUUAACUGCAGCUCCACAGUACAGCUCUACAUCACCUGCUCUGGUACAUCUAACACAGUCCACAGCUCCAUCAGGCUGGUUGGUUCUGGGGGAGACUGUGCUGGAAGGCUGGAGGUUUUCCACAGUGGAUCAUGGGGGACAGUGAGUGAUGAAUUGUGGGAUAUUGAGGAUGCGCAGGUGGUCUGCAGACAGCUGCAGUGUGGAGUCGCCCUCAGUGCUCCAGUACCAGUACCAGCCCGGUUUGGAUCUGGAACUGGACCCAUUUGGCUGAAUGAGGUGGAGUGUGAGGGGAACGAGGUGUCUCUGUGGAACUGCAGAUAUCAGCUGUGUGGAGAGGAUGAAUGUGGACACAAGGAUGAUGUAGGAGUCGUCUGCUCAGAGUAUAAAGAGAUCAGACUGACUGAGGGCUGUGAGGGGAAUCUGGAGGUGUACUAUAAUGGAACCUGGGGGAAUGUGUGUGUAAAUGGGAUGACUGAUGAAACGGCAAAAUUGAUCUGUCGAGAGCUGAACUAUGGAAGAACUGGCAGUGAGUCUUGGUCUAAAGCAAGAGUGGAAUCAGCUCCUAACUGGCUGGAUAAUGUAAAAUGUAGGAAACAUGACUCCACUCUGUGGCACUGUCCAUCUUCUUCCUGGGGGGAGAACAGGUGUGAUAAUCGCAAUGAGGUUGCUUGCAUUACCUGCUCAGAGAAUGGAAAUACUCUAGAUUUGACAAAUUGGCUGUGUGAUUCAUCUCCUCAUGAGAGACCGUGCUCAAAGCACAUUCCUCUGAGGCUGAGGGGAGGAGUAGGAAGCUGUUCUGGAUGGCUGCAGGUGUAUCAUAAUAAAACAUGGGGGUCUGUAUGUGGUGAUCUGUGGGACAUCAGGGAUGCUCAGGUGAUCUGCAGGCAGCUGGGUUGUGGGCCGGCGCUGAGUGCUAAUAGAAGAGCUGCUGAUGGUUCUGGUGGAGGAACUAUCUGGAUGAACAGAGUGAAGUGUAGAGGGAAUGAGAUUCACCUGUGGGACUGUCCUCAUUCCCUGAAGAACCACACUGACUGCUCCCACAGUGCUGGAGUCACUUGUGGAGGCUUCCUGUAUCAUACUUUGCCUUUAAAUAAUAAAAGAGGACAGAUGGGACAUUUUGUCUUGCAAGAUUCUCAACCACAGACAAGAAGAAUCAUACUUCCACAAACUCCUCCACCAGCUGUUCCCUCCAUCUAUCCAGUGUCUCUCCUGGUUCUGGGAUAUGUGCUCUUCCUGGCCUUAGUGCUUCUGGUUGUGCUGUUUUAUCAGAACAGAGUGCUCAGGAGAGUGAUCUCUAAGAGGAGGAAGACUUCAGCUGAGCCUGUCUAUGUGGAGAUUGACACCAGGCUCAUCCCUAAAAGAAUUACUGUCUCAACUGAAAGGUGGUGAGCUUCCUGAGGGCUUUGAGGAUGGUUAUCCUGGUGCGUGUCUUUCGUCUGGCCUCUCAGAAGAAAGAUCUGGAGAAGGUCACUAGAAGAAAGGUAUCUGAGAACAAAAGGCGGUAACAAAAAGGAUGGAUUUGAUUUGGAUCUCACCUAUGUCACAGCAGGCACUCUACAGAAAUCCCAUAAAAGUAAGCUUAACAAUUAAGAAAAUAAAAUAAAACUGAAAAGUCUGUAGAAGGCAAUUAUUUUAGCUGAAUUACUGAUUUAAACAGAUUUUUAUGUAACAAUGUUACAAUGUGCUGUAUUUCGGAAGCUGCCAUAUUUCUGGACACAAAGCAUCACGAUCAUUACAGAGUUUACAAUCUCUGCAGUCAAAAAGGCUACGAUCCACUGUUCUUCCAUUACAGAGUGCAACGAGUGAUGAUUGACGACCAUAACGUACCGUCAUUAGACCAACCCACUCGUUAGGACCCCCCCUAUCACUAGUAAUGCCCCAACACACCAGGAGGAUGAAGACUAGCACACUCUUUCUCCGAUACAUGUGAAGUCAGCCACCGCUUCUUUUCGAGCUGCUGCUGAUGCAGCAUUGCCAAGCAGCCAGCACAUUUGGAGGAAAGCGCAGCGGCAGGUGAAGUGCGUAAUAUGGACAGUGUGCACUUUGCACUUGUGCAACUUUUUUUUUAAAAACAGUUUGAUUUGUUUCUGCUAUAUUUUGAUUCAUAGCUUUAUAUAAAAUGAAAAUAACUUAUAACUAUAUUAUUUUCUUUAGCCCGAGGAACCUGAGGAAAGUGGUGGGAAAUCUCGAGCCAGGUCAGACCUUGGGUUGGGUUUGGGCAGAGAACCUAAGCUCUUAUUCACAUAUUGAACUUUGUGUUAUUGUGUUCUCAGUGACGUUGAACUACACUGCCAGUUUGAGGGAAUGUCAUUGCCAUCCACUGCAAAGGAGGCAAAGGUGUGGGAAAGGGCAAUGGCAGUGAUCUGAAGGUGCGGAUCAUAGUGAAAAGAGAGCAGGUGUUCCAGUGUGUCUGUGCCACGCAGACGAACUGUAGGCUGUUCCCAGAUACUGAAAACAAUGCCGUGGUGAUCAGCUUUCAGGAAGGGCCAGUGGUUUGUGGUGAUGUUAAGGUCAUGUUUGAAUCCAGGGCUGGUCUUCCAAAGGGGUAUGAGGACUAUCCUUUCUAUUUCUGGUUCAACACUUCAUUUGUAGAGAACAACAGGCUCUAUCUGUCAAGGGAGGAACUGGACAACCCACGUAAGUCCAAAACCUGGCACAUCUACAAGGAGGACUUUGGUGUGACCGUGUCUUUCAGUGACCCUGCACUUAUGUAGCAGACGACACUUGCUUGUGUAUCUCAACUAAAACCCUUAAGCCCUGCACAAGGUCUAAAUCUUUGCUCUAAUGCAGGUUUUCACACACUUAUAAAAGGUGAGUGAUGUUUAGGGAUUGGAUUCGGGUAUAUUGUGCCCCUAAAGCUAUAGCUAUAUAACCUCAACUUUAUGUCCAUCCCCCAUCUUCACUGUAAGAGCUUUUUACUGAGCCGUGCAUACACCACAAUAUUAUGCAUUUGUUUGUCAAAUGUUUUUUUGUCUUUAAAUGAAGACAAAUGUUUGUGUCAGUUUAGCAUAUUAAGCCUCCAAAAUGUAAAUCUUACUCUUUAAGCUUGAGUGUACAUCAAAUAAAGCAAUCGAGGCUGCCACUGUGAAAUGGUCAAUGGUUAUGUGUGCAGAAACAUGUUUUUGUAGUACACAUGUAUUGAAAUAAAUACUAAUGUCUCUGUAA